AUUUUUUUUCUUUUUUUGAGAACAUUAAUAAAAGAGACAUUCAGAAUAUACGAUAUCAGCAGAUACAAAUAGUAUCUUUACAAAGUCUUAAAGAAUUUUCUCUUUCUGGCGAACUCAGAAACAAAUUGAUAUGCGUACUCGAUUUCUCAACAUCGAUUACUUCUCUCACUCUUCAGAGAAAACCCUAAAAGAUACUAUCAAUUUCCUUCCGUUACCAGUUCCUCAAAUCUCUAAUACCUUUGUUGAUACAAAAUCACAAGCAGAAGCAGAAAAUUUCUGUUUCGAUUCUGUUGUAGAUAUCGAUUUUGAAAUUGAAACAUUUCAAAUCGAUAAACCUCUUUCAUUCUUCUUAAAUGAAGUUCUUCCUCACCGUAUUGAUGUUCCAGAUAGAGAUUUUCUUAGUAGUAACUCAGAUUCUUACUUCGACAGAACAAAUUUUGACGAAGAAGACCAAACAAAUUCCCAAUCUCAAACUGAUCUAAAUCAAUUUCAGCAGAGAGGAAAUGAGGUCUCUGGUGAAGAAAAGGAUAAAGGAAACUUUAAAAUUAUUCCGUUUGAGACUCCGGAGCGGGAUUUCUUCUUGGAAGAUCCUGUUGGUGUUUUCGAACAUGGGGAUGAUUUAGUUCUCCCUGAUCGUGUCUCAGAGACGGAAAUGACUCUGGACCUUCGCGCCGCAAUUCCGUACCCUUGCACACUGUCAGAGUCCAUCUAUUUGGUCGAAGACAUAACCCUAGACUUCCAAAUAGAUGAGAAAAAGUCUUAUGUUGUUGAAGAUGCUUGUCUUAUUCAGGACAGAAAUUAUCCCUCUACUAGAAAUUAUCCGGUUUGGGAAGUGAAUGAGUUUGAAUUGGAAGUUCACCCAAGUCCAUCCAUGGACGAUGAAUUUCAUUUUCUGCUACAAAGCAUUGGAUUCCAACAGUGGACCGAGAGCGAUAAACAACUUGCUCAGGGAGACGACCUUAUGAGAUAUAUUGAAACUGCAAAUCUGGAGUUUUUAUUAAAACCUCAUCCUCUGGAGCAAGCUAUAGAACCUCAGCCAGCAGUUCUUGACAUGUUCUUAGAAAUGGACUUUAUAUGCCGAUACAAAAGCUCAGAUAUUCAAGAGAAUCUAAUGGUAACUCUGGAAGUAUCGGAUGUUGAAUAUUUCCAAGUAAUAACCCCAGUUCAUUUUCAGGAGUAUCAAAUCCUUGAUUUGAACUGUAAUCAGUUGAUGGAAGUCUUUUUCAGCUCACAAACAGCAAACCAACCAGAUACUUGUGACAGCAUGUUUAGCGAAAAUAAUCCCUAUAAACAGCUUUACGAAUCAAUUAUUAGUCAUGAGCUUGCUCUGGUGGAUGAUUCAUUCAAAUCCUUCCCUAUACCUGUUCUCUCUGAUGACAAAAAGAGACUCUCACCCUACACUACUAUGCAAGAAAUUUUAGCUGACUUGAAGCCACACAGCCCAUCUGCUUCUGACGGGAUCUAUUUAGAUUGGCAUCUUUUGCUGCAAGAUAGAUGGAACAGUGAUUGGAAUGUAAUGGAGGAUAUAGAUACUUACAGCGUCAGUUCCACACUCGACUCAACAGAUGCUGGAUUUGUGAUAUUUGACUUUGUUUUCAGUGAAGAAACUCCAGAUGGGUCGUUAACUUUUCAAGACUCUGAGAAACUCAAGGAGCCUUUUGGUGGCUUUGGUUCUACUAUUUUGGUGGAAGAUGCAGGUCAAAAGCCUGUGAUGAGUAAACCUGGGACCAGUGAGAAGUUUCCAACCCUGUCUGAUUCCAUGUCAAAUUUCAAUGAUCUCAGUUUUUUCUUGAAUCCUCGGAAAUCCAUUGUUAAGCAGAACACUGAGCCUGCUGUACAAGACACAACUUCAUAUAUAUAUGAUAUGCAGAAAAGAAGUAAACAGGAGGAAGGGAACAUUCGAUUAAUGCCAUUUCAAAAUGUGGAUGACAAUGUGCAGAAGUUUGAAGGUCAUGUGGAUACUGUGCCAUUGAAGGAGGACAGCAUUCCUGUAAAUUCUUAUGAGCCUGCGAGUAGUAAAGCUAAUAGCAGCUUCACGCUGCCAUUGAAGGAGGACAGCAUUCCUGUAAUUUCUUAUGAGCCUGCGAGUAGUAAAGCUAAUAGCAGCUUCACGCUGCCAACUUCUGACAUUCCAGAAUCAAAGAAAAAGAUGCCUUCAUUUUCUGACUUUAUUGUUAUAGUGAACACUCAGAACUUUGAUAAAGAAAUGCUCAUAUCAAGGAGAAGUUCAUACCAGAAGAUCCUUGUAAUGGAGAAGAGAGGAGUCCAAGUUAUUGAGCGCGAGAUUGAUUAUCCCGUGGAUCUUAUUCUCAGUGCUGCAAUGUGCUUAGUAUGGUAUGACUGCAAAAGCAUUGGAAACAAAGCAAUAAACACAACUGAAGCUUUGUCAUUUGUGCCUCUAUAUGUUGAAAACAUUGCAACAAAUGUUUUGACAUCCCUGAGUUUUGCUUUCAGCGACUGUGCUCUGGUCUUUGAGGGAGACAAUAGGUACCUUACAGCCAUAAUGGAAUCAUCAGAUGGACUUUAUGCUGCUGCAGCUAGUCUGGGAAUAGGUUUACAGCUAUUCUGCUCAUAUUCACCUGAGCUAACUGAUGAAAUAGUCAUGGGCUGCAUAGAUUAUAACAUGAGGUUAAAUAAAGGUCAAUAUCCAAAAAUGCCUGAUACAGAAACCCUGGCAGAAUCAUUUCUUACCAGGUUUCCUUCUAUUCAUCCUCUCUCAGCUCAUGCGAUACUGUCUUCUGGGGGCAUUCUUGUUGAGUUUCUUGAAUGCUCAUCUGACCACAGAAUUCAGGCGAUUGAGAAGUGUCACGUUCCAAACCAAAGUGUUUCUCUGUUCAGUUCUUUAUGUAGUUUUGGAGAGCAUGAAGGAUCUAAAUCAGGUACUACAGAUUGCUCUUCAGUGUCUCCUGCUUCGGAAUCAAACAGUAGAUUGAGAACUGAGACACAGAGGAAGAGGCAAAAAUGCGUUUCAGAUCCCCAAACACUCGACAUACUAAUGGAUGGAAACUUUCUUCUUGAGCCAUUAAUCCAAUCCGAUGACAUGAACCUGAAACCUCCUCGGGUUCCGAAACCAUUUCAGUCAUUGAUAUCAUCCAAACACCAGAAAGCGGAUGAAAGUGUCAUGUCAGGGUAUCAACCAGCUGAUACAAUAUUUGGCCAGAAACAGAGUUUGAAUGCUUUUUCAACGAACAACUCCGAGUGGAAUCAGAUUUUUACAUCUUCUAUGAACACGGACUUAAAAGGUGAAGUCAUCGACCUCACAGAAAGUCCUACGGUGGGUGAAGAUUUCUUCUCUUCUGCAGACACUCUAAAUUUUCCGAAGGUUCCAUCAAGAGGAAAUGAUCAUGCAAUUGGAAAUUCAAGUGUUGCAAGAAGAUUAUCAUUUGGUUUAAAUGAUUUCCCAAGCUCUGCGGAUAUGAAUUCUGAGUCAGAUAUGUGGGCUUCUGUGAAGAAUCACAAAAGAAGAUUGGAGGAUAUAGAUUCCAUCGUGGAUCCAUUAUCAUUUAACACAGGAAGAGGACCUUUUCAGGAGCAAAACUUAUCUACGUCAAGUAGCAACGCUAACGGAUUAUUCAAAGAGAAUAACUCAAGAUAUUAUGGCUCCAAACCGUUUUGUAAUGCGAUUAAGUCAUCGCGGCAUCAACAAGGAUCACCUUGGACAAAAGAAUUUCUAAGCAAAAUAAAGGAGAAGAGCAGGAUACACCAGAAGUCUCUACAGUGCCAAACUAUUUUGCAUGAUCAUGAAUAUCCUGGUAGCAGGGAGAAAAUUGCCAAGAGAAAAAGUCCAUCUAUUUUGGACUUCUAUAAGUAUGAUGGAGGCAGCAAACCGAAGAAAACUACCAACCAAAAGUGGCAGAAACGAUUAAUUCACCAACCUGCAAAUGUGUCGAAGAACGAAAAAGCUUCACCUCCUGGAUUACGAUCAUGGACUCCCAUCGACAAAAGAGCGAAACAGACUCUAUCUUUUACAAAGAAUGGAAAUGAAACUCAAAGUAAACUGGUUUGGGGUGAUGGAGACGACCAACUUCUAAGAAAACGAUACCGAAAAGAAACAUAAAGGAAGGAGUAACUAGGUUAAAACAGAAGCUGCGUGCAUGUAUAUGAAAUUCAGGGAGAUUAGUUCCCAUUUUAGUGUACUAUCCAGAAUCAACACCAACUGGUACAGGUUAUGUAUACUUAUUAUGUAGAUAAUGAAAGAUGAUUCUCGCGUCUUAGUUUUGUA